UUGAUCCCUUUCACUCGUCUCGUCUCGUCUCGUCUCUCUUCCUCAAGUCUUUUUCUUUUCAUCGCCGAUCUAUCCGCCGUUAGCCGUCGGCAAAAGCGGCGGAAUAAUCGGAUAAUCCUCAGGUCUCCGCUUCACGCUCGUGUUGGGGGAAAUUAGAUUGAUCGGAUCUGUCUGAAUGAUGGACGAGGAGUCAGCAAAAACUAGAGAGACCACCGUGAAUCAACAACAACAAUACUAUUACGGAACGUUUCAAGGCGUUGCCAAUUAUCCUCCUCCCGCUCCGCCACCGCAAUUACUACCGCUUCCACGACAACCUAUUGCCACGAGUCCCUUGCUUCCUCCUGUACAUGGUUAUCAGAAUCUCCCAGGUUCCCUUUAUCAUUUUGUUGGUCAUGGUGGUGGUGGUGGUUUUGUGAAUUAUGCUCAAGGAUACCCUGUUGUUCCUCAAUAUACAGUGGUUGAAGUGAGACCGGUGAGAGAGCAUGACGUUCCUGUUCCUUGCUGUGGCUUUGGCAUGGGCUGGUUCUUGUUUAUUAUGGGCUUCUUGUUCGGUGGGAUCCCUUGGUAUCUCGGUGCUGUUAUUAUUCUUUUCACAUCUGUUGAUCAUCGCGAGAAGGCUGGUUACGUUGCAUGUUCUAUCGCUUCCGUUGUCUAUUUGAUUGCCGUCAUGCUCGGGAUGGCUGGGAAUAUUAACAUCAUCUGGUGAUAGAUACUCCCUUACAUAUCACAUUUCAAUAACGUAUAUGCAUCAUCAUAACCAUAAUAAUUUACAAAAGCAAAUGUUGUUAUUUUGUGUUGUAUUUAUUCGUUUACAACAAUGAUGAAUAUGUUCUUGAUUCCUUUGAUGGCAUCUUCAUGUAAUAUAUUUUUGUGAUCUGCUUUGUUAA